AAACACGGGUGGUAGAAAUGGUCCAGAAACUGGGGGAAACUGGCGCAGAGGGUAGGUGGUGCUUUUCAUGAGACCCCUCACUGGGAACAAACCUGGCUUAGGUGUGGGUCAAGAGGCCACCGUGAUCUGCUACUGUGUUUUGGGGUGGUUUUUUUCCUUCUUUCUUUUUCUCCGGGGAGGGGAAGGACCUCCCCAUUACCGUCUCCUAACUGGUAGGGAGGCGGGGUCCGGGCACAGGGAGGGGUGGCGGAGGAGGAGCCCACUCCGCCCCAUCCUGUCCUGCCUGGCUGGGGCUCCCAGGACUCUCCGCUCUUCUUCGCUGCCGCCCCCCACCCCCGGCAGCACGACCCAUUGCCCACGCGUACCCACGGGUGCCCACGCCCCACGUCCUGCCAUGGCACCCAAGCUCCUCCUGCUCCAGCCACCGCUGUUGCUGCUGCUGCUUCUGCUGCUGGGAGGCACGGGGAGCCUCGCUGAGCCCGGGGAUGAAACUGAAAGUUCCAUCCGGACCCUCCAGCUAGAGAUCCUGGUGGAGCCCCCGGAGGCCUGCAGUGAGUCCGCUGCCUUGGGAGAUACGCUGCACAUUCACUAUACGGGCAGCCUUGAAGAUGGACGAAUAGUUGACACCUCCCUGACCAGGGACCCCUUGGUUAUAGAGCUUGGCCAAAAGCAGGUCAUCCCAGGCCUGGAACAGAGCCUGCUGGACAUGUGUGUGGGAGAGAAGCGAAGGGCAAUCAUUCCCCCUCACUUGGCCUAUGGAAAACGUGGAUUCCCCCCAUCUAUCCCAGGGGAUGCAGUGCUGCAGUUUGAGGUGGAAUUGGUCGCCUUGGUACGAGCCAGCUACUGGCAAAAACUGGUGAAAACUCUCUUUCCUCUUCUGGGCAUGUGUCUGGUACCAGCCCUCCUGGGUCUCAUUGGCUACUACCUGUACAGCAAAGCCAGCAUCCCCAAGAUCUCUAAGAAGAAGCUCAGAGAGGAGAAGAAAAACAAAAGCAAAAAAAAAUAAAACUUCUUCCCUUAUA